AUGCGGCUCCAACUACUCUCCCUCUUGACGUUUCUCAGCCCUCUUGUGGGUGCGAGCAGAGGCCCGUUCUUGCAAGAGACAGGUGAUGGCUCUUGGGUCAUUGGCAAUGAUCUAUGGAAUGUCACCCAAGGACCUGUUUAUGCUAAGAAACUCUUUUGGCAAGGGAUCCCCGGGGCAGACUUGGUCGGGUCUGCCUCUGGCCACUAUGUCGGAUACGACGGAGAGAGCAACCUUGUCUUCACUGACGCCAGAGUGGCAGCAAAAGGGACGCACUUUAUUGACGUCAGCUUCGAAGCUACCUCUGGAGACCUCCACUGGGUCAUCUUUGACGACCUCUCCGGAGCAUAUCAAUACUUUGUCAACCGCGCCCUGCCCGAUAUUAGCAUCUUCCGUACUCUUUGGAGACUAUCCCCAGACUACUUCACUCACGGGCGAACCCAUCUCAAGGAUGAGCCACUCCCCGACUUCUCGCUCUUUUCCACGGGCACCAACGUGCAAGAUGAGACCUGGCAACUCGCCGAUGGGUCAUACAUCACGAAGUAUGACUGGUCCAAUGCUGUCAGGGACCGCGACUUUUAUGGGGUUUACGGCUCAAAAGUCGGUUCCUGGUGGAUUCAUCCUUCGACCGAGUACUACAACAGCGAUCACCUCAGUCAAACCUUGACUGUUCACCGGGAGAGCAAGACUGGCGAUGCAGUGCAGCUCAACGUCGUGCAAGACACUUCUCACUUCCGAGUUGGCCAAAAGACUUUCCAACCACCCGGAAAGAUCUGGGGUCCUUGGCUAUGGUACCUGCAGAACAAUGGCAGUCGAGUCGACGCUGCACACAAACGGCAGAAGGAGCUUCGGCACUUCCCAUACAACUGGCUUGACAACAAGGCCUAUAGUGCGAGAGGCGGCGUGCAAGGAACCCUUCGCCUUUCUGACGGUCGCCCAGCUUCCAAUGCAGCCGUCUUCCUCGGCGACACUGACACUUCUAUUCGGCCAUCUGUUCAGGGAAGCAACUACUACUAUACUACUUACACCAACGAUAAAGGUCGAUUCUCGUUCGAUGACAUCCGAACCGGGUCCUACGGUCUCUAUGCCUGGUCAAACGGAGGAAAGCUCGCUGAUGUCUACACCAACUUCACCAAGUCAGAUAUCACUAUCACCAAGGACAAGACCCUGAACUUGGGCCAAUUGAACUGGAAAGUGAAGGAUAGAGCGAAGCGGAUCUGGCAAGUCGGGGCCUUUGACAAAACGGCGCGAGGAUUCAAGAACGGAGGGGUUCCAUACCAACAUGGCGUGGCCGAGGAUAGCCCUGCCAACUUGACAUUUACCAUCGGCAAAUCUCAAGACUCAGACUGGUACUACGCAUCCUCCGCGAUCGGAACGUGGACCAUCGAGUUCGAGAUCUCAAAGGAGGACCUUGCAGCCAACAAGGCAGCGCUGCUGAGCGUUUCACUCGCUGGAUACUCACAAAGCGCAGCACUCGACAUAGACGUCAACGGGAAAGUCUACGGCUCGUUGAGCAAGAACGUCUUGACGAGUGACCCUGCCCUCUACCGGUCCGGCAAGACCAGUGGCGAAUGGCGCUUCGUUCAGUACGAGAUUGAGCCAGACGCGUUGAAGGAGGGCGUCAAUACGGCUGGGUUUACUGUCACGCGGUAUACCAAAUGGAGAGGCUUUCUGUGGGAUAGCAUUAUCUUGGAGUGGGCCCGGAAGAUAGACAUCCGCCUAGGGUUCCCCGAGGACGACAAGCAGGUUUACGAGACCUACUGGCCUAUAGCCCAGCAGGAGGCACGUUCUCAUCCCCGGAUGCUGAAGACGCAAGCGGCGCUUCUAUCUAUCUUCACCGCCCCUCCCGAGUCAGACAUCUCGCUUAGCACUCCGCUGGCGUAUUCGGAUCGGCUUCGAGUUAAGAAUCCAAAAGAUGCUAAAUUCGCCUUGGGUCCUCCCAUAGAUGGAGGCAGUAUUGAGCGAUGGGAGGACCCCACUUACCGCCAGGUUUACGAGAAGAUCCUAGCAGGGAAGUGGGAAGAGUUUGACGUCUGGGAGAUGGACAAGCGUGCCGAUGCGGUCCAAGGCCUGUAUCCUAGGCCUGGUAGUACAGGUCUAUUCCGCUCGUGGCAAGGCUGGACCUCCCUGUCUGAGACAGGUCCCACUGAGGGAACUUUACUCGUUUACCCUUUCAUUCGUGAACACAGUGCCUAUCUGCUGAUGCGUCCUUUGGUCAAGCCGAAGAAGCCCAAGUCCGACUUCCAGGGCGGAAAGGCCUUCUUAGCCCCCGAUAACUGGGAGCUGGAUUUUGAAACUACCAACUUCCCAGACUCUCCUCACCAUCGCAAAGAGGGAGUUAAACGACGUGACACACCCUCACCUGGAACUAUUGCGAACCAUUACAUUGACAGAGACGGUCAGGAAAUUCUUGACGUCUGUUCAUACCAUCGAACCGACUAUGACCUGUGUCUGAUCCGCACACGUCCACAUGAACUCCAAGCAAUCGCACCAUGCCUUCGAACAUGCUUCGACACACGACCUAGUUCCGAACUUGGUCUCUUGGAUCGCCUCUCCCCGGAGCUCCUGUUUGAAAUCCUCCUCCAAAUCGAUAUCGCGUCCUAUCUCUGUUUCCGCCAGGUCAACCGGCGCGCUCGAGCCGUCGCAACGCGGCUACGCGAAUACGAGCUCGUUUCCACGCAUGGACUCGAGGGCCUGACAGCACUGAUGCGCACCAGACUGACGGCCAACUUCACAAUCUGGGAUCUGUAUGAACCCCUUGUGACGUACAGCUGCAAAUUCUGCCCUCGUUUCGGAGGCUUCCUGCACCUCUUUGACUGCACGCGGUGCUGCUUUGCCUGCCUCAUUCAUGCCCCCGAGUUGCGCGGAACGGACCAUAGUUUGACGGACAAACUUUGCCAAACUCUGGAUAUAUCCAAACCCCAGCCUGGUAUGGAACUGGGACCUGUGCUGCAUACCGUGCCCGGGAGGUUCUGCCUAGAGUAUUACAAAAAGGCUUAUUUCCUCCCUCGAGAACUCCUCUCGAUGCCUCAAGUUGUCUCGGCACUCGCCUCGCUCGGUGUACCUCACGAAGCCGUUGGCCCGGCUUUGGAGGAGCAGAGAGACAAGUGGAGUUACCGAUUUGCGGCAGCUACAGCGUACCCCUGGUACGACGUGGAAAAAGUAGAAGCUGACCGCGGCGUCAACUGCAAAGCGAUCCAUCUCCACCUCGAGAAGAAUUCACCCUACGGCUCACGCCUGGCAGCUGGGCGCAAUCUCCCAAUGAUCACCACACCCGAGUUUCAGCAUAGCAGGUUGGUGUUUUCAAGGGGUGGCUUCUUGGGGCACUUUAAGACCUGCAGUUUUGCGCAGAAACUAUGGAGGGGGAGGGAGGAUGGGGAGCUGCCGGCGACCGAGUCUCGGUUUAUGCGCUUGAGGGGUGGUCUUGACACGGAAGAUGAGGAUGGGGUGCCUUUGUGA